UGGUGGUCUAGGUCUUGGUUGAAAGGAAAAAGCAAAAACCAGCAGACACGAGGCCCUCCGUGGAUCGAGUUUGACGCCACCACCUAGACAGAAGGGUAAUAGUAAGGCUUUAGACAGAAGGGUAAUAGUAAGGCUUCAGACAAGGGUAAUAGUAAGGCUUUAGAUAGAAGGGUAAUAGUAAGGCUUUAGACAGAAGGGUAAUAGUAAGGCUUCAGACAGAAGGGUAAUAGUAAGGCUUUAGAUAGAAGGGUAAUAGUAAGGCUUUAGACAGAAGGGUAAAAGUAAGGCUUUAGACAGAAGGGUAAUAGUAAGGCUUUAGACAGAAGGGUAAUAGUAAGGCUUUAGACAGAAGGGUAAUAGUAAGGCUUUAGACAGAAGGGUAAUAGUAAGGCUUUAGACAGAAGGGUAAUAGUAAGGCUUUAGAUAGAAGGGUAAAAGUAAGGCUUUAGACAGAAGGGUAAUAGUAAGGCUUUAGACAGAAGGGUAAUAGUAAGGCUUUAGACAGAAGGGUAAUAGUAAGGCUUUAGACAGAAGGGUAAAAGUAAGGCUUUAGACAGAAGGGUAAUAGUAAGGCUUUAGACAGAAGGGUAAUAGUAAGGCUUUAGACAGAAGGGUAAUAGUAAGGCUUCAGACAGAAGGGUAAUAGUAAGGCUUUAGACAGAAGGGUAAUAGUAAGGCUUUAGACAGAAGGGUAAUAGUAAGGCUUUAGACAGAAGGGUAAUAGUAAGGCUUUAGACAGAAGGGUAAUAGUAAGGCUUCAGACAGAAGGGUAAUAGUAAGGCUUUAGACAGAAGGGUAAUAGUAAGGCUUUAGACAGAAGGGUAAUAGUAAGGCUUCAGACAGAAGGGUAAUAGUAAGGCUUUAGACAGAAGGGUAAUAGUAAGGCUUUAGAGAGAAGGGCAAUAGUAAGGCUUUAGACAGAAGGGUAAUAGUAAGGCUUUAGACAGAAGGGUAAUAGUAAGGCUUUAGACAGAAGGGCAAUAGUAAGGCUUUAGACAGAAGGGUAAUAGUAAGGCUUCAGACAGAAGGGUAAUAGUAAGGCUUUAUACAGAAGGGUAAUAGUAAGGCUUUAGACAGAAGGGUAAUAGUAAGGCUUUAGACAGAAGGGUAAUAGUAAGGCUUUAGACAGAAGGGUAAAAGUAAGGCUUUAGACAGAAGGGUAAUAGUAAGGCUUUAGACAGAAGGGUAAUAGUAAGGCUUUAGACAGAAGGGUAAUAGUAAGGCUUCAGACAGAAGGGUAAUAGUAAGGCUUUAGACAGAAGGGUAAUAGUAAGGCUUUAGACAGAAGGGUAAUAGUAAGGCUUUAGACAGAAGGGUAAUAGUAAGGCUUUAGACAGAAGGGUAAUAGUAAGGCUUUAGACAGAAGGGUAAUAGUAAGGCUUUAGACAGAAGGGUAAUAGUAAGGCUUUAGACAGAAGGGUAAUAGUAAGGCUUUAGACAGAAGGGUAAUAGUAAGGCUUUAGACAGAAGGGUAAUAGUAAGGCUUUAGACAGAAGGGUAAUAGUAAGGCUUUAGACAGAAGGGUAAUAGUAAGGCUUUAGACAGAAGGGUAAUAGUAAGGCUUUAGACAGAAGGGUAAAAUCGUAUUCAUGUACAACCAUAUUAAAGGACAGUGUCGUACAUGGUCUUUAUAGUAAGUCCUCCUGUAUUCUAACUCGGAAUGUGCCGUUUGUGCGGCUGUUAUACGCUGCUAAUAUUUCGCGUCGUUGAGAUGGCCUUUAGUGACGUAAUAGCAGAGUAGUGACAGCGUAUGCCCACUAGAGGGAGGUAGAGCCCUGUGCUGCAGUAUUGUGACUUGUCUUAUUUAGUUACGCCUGUAUAAACCUGUUAAGAGUUUAUACACUCAUCACGUGACGUGUGAGAUAUUUCACCUCAAAGGUGUGUUAUUAUUGCAGGACAAGUACCUUGGGCUCAGCUGUUUUACUGCAUGAGUGUGUGUUUUGAGAAAUGAGAUCACUUGUAGUUAGUCGUUUAUGAGUGUGUUUACAGUAGUGUGACUGUGUUUGAGUGUGUGAUAGUGUGUGUGUGUAGCCUACAUUUUAAGCAUGCAUGUUUGUCCGUGUGUGUGCAUGCUAGUGCGCACGCAAGUCUGUCCGGAUUUGUGUGCGUGUGUGUGCGUGUGCACAUACAGUACAUGUGUUAGUGCGCAUGUGUUUUGUCCAAUGUGUGUGUGAACAGGUAGAGGCCAGGCAACGAGCCAGAGGCAGCCUGUGAUAGGUUGAGGGACAGUGUGACGUGUCAGUGAGAUGCUAUAGAAGCACCGAGCUGGCGGGAGCUAGCUGCCUCUUCUGCCUGGAGAGAAGGAGUGGAAAAGAAAGAGCGAGAGAGAGAAAUAUAGGACCAACUCCUUGUGACGUUCUACAACUCUCUGAGGAACCGCACCAGUCCUCUCCUUUGAGUACAUCCACUUCCCUCCCACACACUCUCUAUCUGCUUCCCUCCAACUAGGUGGAGGGCGACAGAAACCAAGAAAGAAAAAAAAGAGAGACUGAGAGAGGGAGGUUGAGGGUAGUAAGCGUUCCACCACAUGGCUAGAAUCUAGAGGGCCAGUAGGGAGCGUUUCCAGGGCAGGAGAGCAGUGUGGUAGCCGGUGAAGGACAGAACAGCAUGGCCCUGUUCAGCACUGGCCCUCAGAGCCUGGGCUCCUACUACUGCCUCAUCCGCAGGAGGUUCAAGAGGAGGCGCAAGAAACGCAGCGAGCGCCAAGGUGGAGCCGGAGCUAGGCAGCCCCGGGCCCAGCAGAAGCUCUUCACCAUGGACGUGGAUGAAGAGGAGAACAUGAGUUCGAGCAGCACCGACGUUAAGGAAAACCGUAACCUGGACAACGUCUCCUCCAAAGAGGGGGCAGCUGUAGGCGAGCAGCUCCCCAAUGGCAGUGGCGGGGGCAGCAGGAAGCGCCCCCUAGAGGAGGGCAACAAUGGCCACAUGCUGUCCAAGUUCCGGGCCAAGAAGCGUAAGAAAACACCGGGCCCGGUUCUACCAAAAAAUGCACUUAUGCAGCUGAAUGAAAUCAAGCCGGGGCUACAGUAUAAGCUGCUGUCUCAAACAGGUCCGGUCCAUGCUCCCGUGUUUGUCAUGACCGUUGAGGUCAACGGUCAACUGUUCGAGGGCUCAGGUCCGACUAAGAAGAAGGCCAAGCUGAAUGCGGCAGAAAAGGCCCUGCGCUCCUUUGUCCAGUUCCCCAACGCCUCCGAGGCGCACCUGGCUAUGGGCCGGACACUGACGGUCAACACGGACUUCACAUCCGAUCAGGCCGACUUCCCAGACAUGCUCUUCAAUGGGUUUGAGACGCCCGCACCACCCGAGGACUCCUUUUACCUGGGAUCCAAUGGCAGCGGCUCCUUAAACUCGCUGGGAGAGUAUCCCCUGCCCUCCACGCCAGGUGCUAACCUUGCCCAGGCACCGUUGCCCCCUCCCUCCUCCUUCACCUCAAACUCGAGCGGAAAGAAUCCCGUCAUGAUCCUCAACGAGCUGAGGCCGGGCCUCAAGUACGACUUUGUGUCGGAGAGCGGUGAGAGCCACGCCAAGAACUUUGUCAUGCAGGUGUCGGUGGACUCACAGCAGUUUGAGGGCUCUGGACGAAACAAGAAGCUGGCCAAGGCCCGGGCCGCCCAGGCAGCCCUCUCAGCCCUCUUCAACAUGCAGCUGGACCAGACACCCUCCCGACAGCCCAUCCCCAGAGAGGGACUGCAGCUCCACCUACCCCAGGUUCUCGCCGACGCCGUCUCUCGCCUGGUGGUGGACAAGUUCAGCGAGCUGACGGACAACUUCACCUCGCCCCACGCGCGACGGAAAGUCCUGGCGGGAGUUGUCAUGACAACAGGCACAGACGUGAAAGAGGCCCAAGUGAUCUGCGUCUCCACGGGCACCAAGUGCAUCAAUGGCGAGUACAUGAGCGACCGCGGCCUGGCACUCAACGACUGCCACGCAGAGAUUAUCGCCCGCCGCUCGCUCAUCCGGUACCUCUACGCCCAGCUAGAGCACUUCCUAAGCAACAACAAGGAGGAGCAGCAGAAGUCUAUUUUCAUGCGCUGUGACAAGCGUGGCUACCGGCUAAAGGACAACGUCCAGUUUCACCUCUACAUCAGCACCUCGCCCUGCGGAGACGCACGCAUCUUCUCGCCGCAUGAGGCCGGCAUGGAAGACCAAGGAGACCGCCACCCCAACCGGAAGGCACGGGGCCAGCUGAGGACCAAGAUAGAGUCUGGGGAGGGGACCAUCCCUGUGAGGACCAGCAACACCAUCCAGACAUGGGACGGGGUGCUGCAGGGAGAGAGGCUGCUCACCAUGUCCUGCAGUGACAAGAUCGCAAGAUGGAACGUGCUGGGCAUCCAGGGAUCUCUGAUGAGUUACUUCACGGAGCCCAUCUACUUCUCCAGCAUCAUCCUGGGCAGCCUGUAUCACGCAGACCACCUCUCCCGGGCUAUGUACCAGCGCAUCGCCGACAUCGAGGACCUGCCCCAACAGUUCAGCCUCAACAGGCCUCUACUGAGCGGCAUCAGCAACGCAGAGGCGAGGCAGCCGGGCAAGGCGCCCAACUUCAGCGUGAACUGGGCAGUGGGCGACCAGGCGCUGGAGGUCAUCAACGCCACCACGGGCAAAGACGACAUGGGGCGCGCCUCGCGCCUCUGCAAGCACGCCCUCUACAGCCGCUUUAUUCGCCUGCACUCCAAGUUGUCAUCCACACUGAGGAUCAAGGUGUCCAAGCCCAGCUCGUACCACGACGCCAAGGAGGCGGCUGUAGAGUACCACAACGCCAAGCAGACGCUGAUCAAGGUCUUCCACAAGUCGGGCCUGGGGGCCUGGGUGAAGAAGCCCAUCGAGCAGGACCAGUUCUCCCUCAACUCCUGAUCGGGCGAUUAGGGGGGAACCUCUUCACUCAACCCAACCCACCGCACCCCAACCCCCCUCUCUAGACCUGAGAGAGGCUCUUCGAAUCUACCAGCCACUGAGACUUCACGUGUGUGCGUGUGCGUGCGUACAUGCGUGUGUGUGUGUGUAUGUCUGUCUGAGUGUGUGUGUGUGUGAGAAAUAAUGCACGUGGUUCUGGCCUCCUUCCUCCGUCCCCAAUCACUCUGCUCUCAUUCCUCAUCGCUGUGACGUCAUCACUUGCUGUGUCUGUCUGUUUGUUUUAAACCAACUAAAAUUCAAAUACCUUUUUAUGUCCUUAUGGAAAUAGAAAUGUAUGGUAUUUUAAACUGGAAUCCUUUUUAGUCGUUUUUUUUUUGUAAGAUUUUACAUGAGGUUGUCCAUAUACCAUGUAGUUACUAUAUAAGUACUUCUGUAACUAGAAUGUACAAUGAUUGGCCGGAUUCCAUUUCUGUCAUUCAGUUAAAUGUCAUUUCACUUGGAAACCCAAAUGCCGUAUGACUUCAUGGUCUAUUUUUUUACGUAUUGUGAGAUUUGACCUUUUCUUUUCCUAUUUUAUUACAUUCUUGCCCCUGUAUUAAAAGCACAUAGGACAUGAUGCUAAAUACUCAUCCAAAAUGGUGGUUACAGUCAUUGAAUCAUCAUUCAUUUGAAAUAUUCUCUUGUGAACAUUUUACGCUUAUUUAUUUAUUUGAUGACGAUGUUGGUCAUUGAACCCAUUCCUAUUCCAUACUUGAACAGGGGCCCUGGUGGAGGCUGUCGAUGAUUCCCCUCGAGUCCUUUGGCCUAGGGAGUUUAGGGGAUUGGGUAGGCGCUGCACGUUUUUUCUUAUUGACUUAAGCCAUGGCUUUGCAUGGGAACUGUCUCCGAGGUCUGCAGAGCUGAUUUGGUAGGGAACCACCAGGAUCUCCUCGAGUGAAUUUUGAAUGCCAGCAUCUUAUUUCUGCACAGGCAGCUUCAAAUCAUUUUUCUCUCUUUGUAUGUGUUUGUUUUUGGGGAGGGAGGGGCUUUGUUUUUAGAAUUGAAACUUUUGACUCUUUUUUUUUUGUGAGGAUUGAAGGAUUGCACUGCAACUGAAUAAUGACAGGAAUUAAGUCUUUCCAUCAAUGACACUGCAUAGGAGCUACAUUACACCUUCAUAAGCAUGAGCCUCAUGGACAUUAUGCAUCCAUGCCCUGGGCAUUUAUAAAUGCUUAUGUUAACAACCUCAGUUUGAUAUGUCAUGGUCAUGCUACACAAUACAAGUAACACAUCUUGUGUCAAUCUAGGGUUGUUAUGAAGGUGUAAAGUAGUCCAUAUGUCAUGUCAUUCAUAGAGAGCUGGGAAGAGCUUAUGUCAUCAUUUAAAUACCUUUUAAAGGCCCAAUGCAGCCGUUUUUAUAUCAAUAUCAAAUCAUUUCCGGGUAUCAAUUAAGUACCUUACUGUAAAGAUUUUUUUUUAAACAAAAAACAAGAAUUUUGUUGGACUUUCUGGGAGUAAACUAGCUGUUAUUGGCAGAGAGGUUUGGAACUUUCUUUGUUAUUGGUCUAUUAACCAAUUUACAGCAUGUGAUGUCACCAUGGAAAGCCAGAACUCCCGCCCAUGCAAACCUGCUGAUUAAAAAGUCCUGUGUAGAUUGUAUUUUCAACCAGCAACUAUCAGGAAAUAACACUGAUCAACGUUGUCUCACACUUUUCUAGUGUUAGUUUAAUCAGCUGUUGUACACAAUGAUAUAAAACACAGGAAAAACUGCACUGGGCCUUUAAAGGCAACACGAAUGCUGAUUGCUCAUUGUGUGAGUAAACUUCCAAGGGAACACAAAGAAACGCAUGAGAGUUUUUACAAAGUUGAGUUUGGUACCACCCACCCACCAAAUGACCAAUCUGUGUAUGCUCGCUCCAAGUCCUAUUGGUCCAUAUACCUGGGUAUUCUAUAAGCCCUGUUCUCCACUGUCUGCCGUGUGCUAAUCUUUUCUAUUUCAACUAUUUCUACAACAUGAUAAACUCUGGAUGCCAGUAAUGACAACUUGGUCAUAUACCUGUAAUAUCAGCAUUGUACAUGUGUUUAUUAUUGAACGUUGUGCGUUGUGACAAACCACAAUUUGAACCGACACGCUGCAAAGGGAUUGAUAUUAUGAGAUAUUCUUUACUUAGUGUAUUUUUAUAUCCAAUAUAUUUGGUUCAAAACAGCAGGGGAAUGUGUUUGGUUUGAGUCCCAGCAUUGUGUGUGUCGUGUGUGUGUAUGUCUAGAGUGAGGUGUGUGUGUGUGUGUGUGUGUGUGUGUGUGUGUGUGUGUGUGUGUGUGUGUGUGUGUGUGUGUGUGUGUGUGUGUGUGUGUGUGUGUGUGUCGAUAUUAGAUAUAAGGAUAUUAGAGAUUGCUGUGGAAUCUUCACCAAAGAUUAUGUCCUUGUGUUUUCCCACAAUUUUCUUUUGAGCAACAAAAUAAAAAAAAUGGGAAUUAUUUUUUUAACACCUGUGUUUCUCACACACAAAUUGCUGAUUAAAAUAUUACAAUGUUUUAGUUAUUGUACUUUCAUUUGACCAAUUUAUUUGAUUUGUAUAGAACAAUGGGUUUGUGUUCUGUUGUAUUCCAGCUUCGUGAUGGAAUCUUACUUGUCGGGCUCUUUCAGUAUAUCUGUAGCUGUUGAUUACCAAGGUGUAAAUAUUGUGAACCUCUCUGAUGUUAUAUUGCUGUGGAAUGAUGGGGAUAGGAUUAAUACUGGUUAAAAAUGUGAUGCCUGUGCAACUAUUCUUCCUUCACUGUCUAGUUCUUGUCCCCCCCCCCCCCCCCCCCCCCCAUGAAACUGCUGGGAUGUAUUUGAUUUGUUUUUUGUCCUUUACUUAGAACUCUUUACAAAAAAGCUAGUCAGGUUCUUUCACUGCAACGGCCAGAGAUUUGCUAGUCCUUGUAGAGCAAAAGUCAAAUGUCCUGUGUUGCUGUGUCCUUGUGAUACAAAUGUAUGUUCGGAAUCAUGUACGUCCCCCCUACCCCCACCGACAGAGGGGGAACCAUGCCACGAUGCAGGCCUCAGCCAAGAGAACUGGAUCAAGGUCACAAGCAAUAUAACCCCCAACGCCCCUUUUAAUGAGGCCCAACCAGGAACGGGAGCAAAAAUAAUGGCUCCCCUCCCCCUCUGUUUCCCCCCUAGUCGUAAUCUCUUUAUAAACUGACUGUCUGAAACUUUCUUUAAAGACUGCCUGCUUCUCUAUAGUAUGUUCCUAAUUUUUUUUGACUGCACUAAAGAUGUCAAUCGAUGAUGUCAUGACACAAACCGUCCCCCAAAAUGGACAGGUCGAAAACUAUUUCCAAGAAGCUGAACUGCAACCCUAUAACCUAGUGGUCCCAGUGGUCUAUAGUCCCCAGUCGGUCGUUUGGUCAAGACGGUCGGCCGCCCUGACCGCGUGGUGACUGGUGACUGUUAAGUGGUCCCUAUGGGGUCCACUCGGGUGGUCAGAGAACUCCUCCACCCUCCUCACCCCACGUCCGCUGUGCAACCUGUACCCGGACCACCAUCUUGCAUGUGCUCCCACUCUGAAGCUGCACCUAAAGCAUGACGACAUACUUUUAAAGGCCUCGUAUGUAGAAAAAUAACGGAUAAAUAUAUAUAUUAAAAUGAGCAACAACAAAAAAUAAAGGAGACCAUAGUUUACUUUC